ACCGCCACCGCCACACCUCAUCGUUUCCCUUUUUUACUUCUAGGGUUUUUCAAGGAGUCUACUACGAAACCCUACUUUCGAACCAUUCAGAAUAAUUUAAUUAGGAAGGGGGAAAAAUGGGAGGAAAAUGUCCAAACAGGAAAGUAAAGAAGCGAAGAUAUUCUCACAAAACAGCUCGCCGCGACAAAUUCCUCGUCAAAGGUGACGACGCCGUUUAUGAGGAGUUGCAAAAGGGUGAUUCGGAAAAGAAGCCUUUGCCUCGCGAUGAGGACUUGCCUGGAAUGGGCCAAUAUUACUGCUUACAUUGCGACCGAUAUUUUGCGAAUGUGACUGUGAGAGACGAACAUUACAAGACGAAACGUCACAAGAAACGUUUGAAGCAAAUGUCGGGGCCUGCACCACAUACACAACUUGAUGCCGAGUUAGCUGCUGGGAUGGGUAUACCGGAUAAUGGACCAACAUUAAUGUCAAUGUGAGCAUUUCUGAAUUUGGCUCCAUCCGUGAUGUGCAUUGUUCUGGUGAUCAGUGGGCACAGUUAUGGCUCCUGAUUGUAGAGGAUUUUUUGGGUGCUGUAGAAUUUCUUUAGAGACAAACUGAUUGUAUUACCUGCUUUAGAAACGAUAAACCAAUUUUGCAUUCCUUUUACUAAUGUUUGUUUGGAUAAGUGGAUUCUUUCGGUUUUUUUUUUUCUUCUUCCUGUGUCAUUAAAUCUUAAAAUUUUGUAAGCAAUAUAAUGUGGAUGAAUAUAGUGAGUACCAGAGAUCA